GGGAUGGCCAUGGAUGGAAUAAUAUAAUUUACCGAGAAUUCUCCCGCGGCCGACGUUUCUUGCUUACCUCAUCAUCUAAAAAAUUUCAAGCGUCGAUCCCUUCCUCCAUCACUGUUUCAAUUUAGGCCAAUAUAUUUUCUCCUUCAGCACACGACCAUGGGUCUCUCAGGGCGCAAAGUUAAACAACGAAUUUCUGCCGACCCACGAAAUCUUUCUUGGGCGGAUGAUGCCUCAAAGUUCGGCGCGACUUAUCUCUCCAAAUUCGGCUGGUCAUCCUCACAGGGCCUUGGCGUGUCAGGUGAGGGGAGAACAUCUCAUAUCAAGGUGUCGCAGAAACUCGACAUGAUGGGAAUUGGCGCCGCCCACCAGAAAGACCCCAAUGGCAUUGCGUGGAAGCAGAAUAAGGACUUUGAAAAUGUCCUGAUGAGACUCAAUGCCUCACAGGGAAGUGUUGAGGUUGUUGAAGAGCAGUUUGCGCUCGGUGGCCAAUUUAUUUCAGAGACCAAGAUUGCAGACGACGGCGGUACCGACGAGAAGGAGACGAAGAAGAAGGAAAAGAAAGAGAAAAAGAGGAAGCGAGAGGAGAAGGGCAACGAGGAGGGCAAGAAGAAGACGAAGAAGACAAAACUGCACGAGGCAGAGUCCAGUGAUGUAGUAGAGGAGUCUGUCGUCCCUGCUGCGAAGCCUCAGACUCAACGUGCCCUUCCUCGCCAUAGAGCUCACCGCGCCCGUGCUAUCGCAGCCAAAAACCGCGCCACCACCUCCGAUGCAGCCAUGUCAGAGAUUCUCGGGAUAUCUCAGUCUGCUACGCCCCAACCUUCAACGCCGGCAGAAACAGAGGAACUACCGACUCUAGAAACGUUAACGGUUUCAACCAAAAGUGUAGCGGAUUACUUCAAAGAGCGGCUACUUUCAAAAUCUGGCAAAUCUACCCCUGCAGAAAGGAUCGACGAAGAGAAUGAAGCGUCUCUUGGAGGUAUUGGAUCAGGCUCGUCCAGAGCUGGUAAAUCCACCCCUGCAGAACUGGAAUCGUCGAGCCGGACCGACGAUGACGACCUCCCUCGUGGAGGUAUCGGAUCAUUCAACGCUCAACGUACCUCCGGCGGCGAUGAUGCCCCACCACGCAUCGGCAUUGGCAUGUCGAAAUUCUCCUCAUUGAUAUCUUCUUCAUUCCUCGCCGCCACAUCAACAUCAAUGCUAUCAUCAACGCCUCUCGAUGGUGAUGGAGAGGCCCAGUCAGAGUCCAUGCGCACCGUCAAGGAAAAGAAGCGGAAGGACAAGCAGGAUAAGCAAGAUGGGGAUAAAAAGGGAGUUCGCAAAAUGGAGAUGCAGUCAGAAGGUGAUGAUGACAAGAAGGCGGAGAAGAAAAGGCGGAAGGAGGCGAAGAAGAGAAAGCAGGAGGAGCAGGAGGGAGAUGUCGGUCCGACUCUCGACGCUGCUGAGUCGGCUGACAAGAAAUCGGAGAAGAAAAGGCGGAAACAGACGAAGGAGGAACUGGAAGACGGCGGCCCGGCUCCCGAAAACGGACCUGAGGUAAAGUUGAGCAAGGAAGAGCGCAAGCGAGAGAAGAAGGAGAAGAAACGACGCAAGCUAGAAUCACAGACAUCUUAAUAUUUCAUAAACAGGCAUACGGUAUACCCCAAGAAUAGACAUGUAUCGAACUGCAUGGCACUUGAAGUAAUAAUAGACGACUGACGGUUAAAACUUUGUAUUUUCACAGACGCCAAGGCGAACUUAUCCUUUCGAAUACAAGAUGAUCGCGAAGUCCGAAUCCUC